AUGGCGUCACUUCCGGGAGAGGAGGGGCGGGGCCAGCGGGCCGCUGUGUAGCGCCGCCCCCGCUUCGGAGGUCCGCAGCGGCCGCGCGUCCCUUCGGUAGCCCCGAGCGCGGGGCCCGGGCGGGCCGCGGCGGAGCAUGGCCAGGCCACCGCUGCUGCCCGUGGACACAGGCAUGGCGCCUGCCGCAGCCCCAACCAGCGCCGUGGGGGGUCUGCAGGCAGCAGCCGAGCCCAGGGCCAGCUGAGGACCGGCCUCCCCGGGCCAUCGUUGUUGCCGGGUUCUGUCCCGUUUGGAUCCUCCGUCGCUCCGGGUCGCCGCCGCCGUCAUGAACGGGCUGUCCAUCAGCCAGCUCUGCUGCCUCUUCUGCUGCCCGCCCUGCCCCAGCCGCAUCGCCGCCAAGCUGGCCUUCCUGCCGCCGGAGCCCACCUACGCCGUGGUGCCCGAGCCGGAGCCCGUGGGCAGCACCAGCACCGGCUCCCUGCGGAGCGGAGCCGCGGGCCGCUGGAAGCUGCACCUGAAGGACCGGGCGGAUUUCCAGUACUCCCAGCGGGAGCUGGACAACAUCGAGGUGUUCGUCACCAAAAGCAGCCGAGGGAACCGCGUCGGCUGCAUGUACGUCCGCUGCGUGCCAGGAGCCAGGUACACGGUGCUCUUCUCUCACGGCAACGCCGUGGACCUGGGGCAGAUGAGCAGCUUCUACAUCGGGCUGGGCACCCGCAUCAACUGCAACAUCUUCUCCUACGACUACUCGGGCUACGGCGUGAGCACGGGCAAGCCCUCGGAGAGGAACCUCUACUCCGACAUCGAUGCUGCGUGGCAGGCGCUGCGGACGCGGUAUGGGAUCAGCCCGGAGAACAUCAUUUUAUAUGGCCAGAGCAUCGGCACGGUGCCCACAGUGGAUCUGGCAUCCCGCUACGAGUGUGCUGCCAUCGUGCUGCAUUCACCACUCACCUCUGGCAUGAGAGUCGCCUUCCCCGAGACCAAGAAGACCUACUGGUUUGAUGCCUUCCCCAACAUUGAGAAGAUCUCCAAAAUCACCUCUCCCGUCCUCAUCAUCCACGGCACGGAGGACGAAGUCAUCGACUUCUCUCACGGCCUGGCCCUCUUUGAACGCUGCCCCAAGGCUGUGGAGCCGCUGUGGGUGGAUGGGGCCGGGCACAAUGACAUUGAACUCUACAGCCAGUACCUCGAGCGCCUUCGGAAAUUCAUCUCCCAGGAGCUGGCCAGCCAACGCAACUAGCCAUGGGGCAGGGGGGGGGCAGGCUCUCACUGUGCCUCCCCAGUCCCUGCUGCUGGAGGUGCAGUGAGUUUGUACAGCUUCAGCUCCAGGCUCCGGAGAGGGCAGGAGGCCCUGGAGUGGAUGGUGCGUUCCCCCUUGGACAUGAGCACAGCUCUGCUCCCUCCUGGUGGCACCAGUGGCCAGGCUGGCAAGAGACGGCAGCUCCCUCCUUCCCCCUUCCUGAGACAGAUGAGAGCCCAUCGGAUGGCCUUUCCUUGGCUUUGGACACGUCCUCAUCCCCUCUCCUAAACCAGCGAACUCCUGAAUCCCUCCUGGCUGCUCUGCUGCUCUGACUAUAGCAAUAAGGCGAGUUGGAGAGGGCCGGGGGGUCCGGCCUCCUCCCCGGCAUCGCUGCAGGGUGGGAUGGAGGACGUGGCAGUUCCUGCUCUGGACUGAGCUUCCCCAGUGGUGGCACUGGGGUGCCUGGUGUUCACCCCGUGCCUGGGGCAGAGCCAUAUCCCCAAGGGAAGUUUGGGGUCACACAGAGGAGGUGCCCCCCUGUCCCACACCCCCUCCGGCCUGGCUCCGCUCUGCCUUUUCAGAGCACUCCCCAUGUUCAGGUCACCCCUGGAAAACCUCCUCUGUACCCCUGGGAAACGGGGCGAGGGCACCAGGCACCGAAUAAAGAGCAGAGGUUGAAUGUUUUA